CCAUUCCUUCAACAAAAAUAGCAAAUUCCCAAAAUCAUCAAAAAGUUAUGUUCUUGAAUUUUUUUUCACUUAGACAAAAAUUUGUAUAAAAAAAAUGGGUGGUGUAUCAUCAACAAUUGCAUCAAAAUUAGCAUUUUUUCCACCAGAACCAUCCUAUCAAGUUGAUUUAGAUGAACAGACACAAAAAUUGAAACUUUUAGGUGUGUCUCAAAGUGAAAAAGGUGAAGUUUCAAUUCUACAAACAAAGAGAGGUCAUUAUAUUUUUUCAGUUUUUGUUAGGAACAAAGGUGCAACAAUGACACUUCUUUAUUCACAUGGAAAUGCUGCUGAUAUAGGCCAAAUGUUUCAAUUUUUCAUUGAACUUAGUGAUCGAUUACGCGUAAAUGUCAUGGGAUAUGAUUAUGCUGGAUAUGGAAGGUCUAAUGGAGAACCAAGUGAGCAGAACACAUAUGCUGAUAUAGAAGCUGUUUACAAAUGUCUAAAAGAGAUUUAUGAAGUGAAAGAAGAAGACAUUAUAUUAUAUGGACAAUCAAUUGGAAGUGGUCCAACUCUUGAAUUAGCAACAAAAUUACCUCAAAUUAGAGGUGUAAUUCUGCAAAGUGCAAUACUUUCCGGGCUUCGAGUUAUGUAUCGUAUAAAGUAUUCUCUCUGGCUUGAUAUUUACAAGAACAUUGAUAAAAUCCCAUAUGUUAGCUGUCCCGUUCUUGUGAUUCAUGGUACAGAAGAUGACAUAGUUGAUAUUUCACAUGGUAAAAAGCUUUGGGAGCUGAGUAAAAUGAAGUAUGAACCUUUAUGGGUAAAAGGAGGAAAUCAUUGUGACUUACAAGUUUUUCCUCAAUUUUUUACUCAUCUCAAGAAGUUCAUAAUUUCAGUGGAAAGACAAUCAGAUUAUUCGAAAAAUGUUGAGCUUGAAGAGAGUAUAAUUGACUUAGAUUAUACUCUUGAUAUUACGAACGAAAUCAAGUGCAGACCAAGUAUUGAAGAGAUUGAGAAGUCGUCGAGAAUCAGUACUGAACAAAAAGAGAUCAUUCCAAUAAGGCCUAGCACAGACAGGAAAUUGAAGCCAAGAAUUAGUUUUGACAAGAGGGAAAAGCCAAGAAAAAGCAUGGAUUACUUUGGGAAAUCAAGAAGUAGCACUGAUCAAUCUGAGAGAGGGCGGAACAGCAUUGACCGAUUUGGAGACAUGAUGAGAUCAGUAGCAAUGUGCAAUAUUGACUGUUUAAAACAGACACUAGCAGAGGAGGACUAAUACAACUAAAGUCUUUAAAAAUUGUUAUUAGUCGUGUCUGCAAAAGCAAAUUUUUUUUAGUCAUGUAUGGACCACAUUGAUAUAUUAUAUCACUACCUACAUGUUUAUGAUUUGAA